AUGUUUCAUAUUAUAAAUCCGAACACUCAAUUUGAGAUCCCUAUCCUGAUUCCUGACCUAAUUCCUAAAUCACGCACACAACACAAAAUAAAGCGAAAUUCAAGGCAGAAAGCUAUCCACACGGCUCUCACUCUCCUCCGGCCGAUCUCCGGCGGUGGCGGAAUCGGCCGCUGGCACGUUCCCGCACUUCUUGCACCGCGCCACCACCAGAAUCGCGCGGCAGGAGGGGCACGACGAGUGGGAACCCAGCCACGUGUCGAUGCACGCCACAUGGAAGGCGUGGCCGCACUGGGGCAGCACCCGGAUCUCCUCGCCGGCGGCGAACUCCGCUAG